UCCUAAAUGUGAAAUGCCCUAUUGCAGUGCUGCAUGUUUCAAGCUUCAUAAUUGCAAACCUAUACAAAAGAAACCAUAAAUAUAAGAUCAAGAACCUUUUAAAAGUGAUUAUAUUGAGGAGGAAUAUAAAUUAUCAAAAGAGAAAUUAGAUAUCCUUAGUAAAUUUGAAAUAUAAAUAAAUAAAUAGAAAGAAGUUAGAAAAUUAGAAAGUUUGUAUCCAAUAAGCGUCUUUAAAAAUUAUUGAUUCAUAUUGAUAAUAGUAAAUACAGAUUUAAAGAAUUAAACACUUGUAUAUAAAAUGAUAAAGAUUUUGAUGAUUUUUGUACAUUAAUGUUAUCUGAAAUGGGACACAUUGAUGAAAAUGGACAAUUUAAAUGAU